UAUCAGCAGAUGGUAACGCUCGUGCUGCCUCUCUGACCAUCUGAGCUGUGAAACUUCAAUACUCAAAAGAGAGAGAAAGAGAGAGAGUCCUCUCAUUUACAAGAAAUUUUCUUGGUUUGUUGAUCGAUUGUUUGAAACUGUGGGUGUUGGGAAGAUCAGAGGAAGGACAUGGCAACCUAUGGAGGGACAACCCAGAAGUGCAAAGCAUGUGAGAAGACUGUGUACUUGGUAGAUGAGCUCACAGCAGACAGUAAGGUCUACCACAAGGCUUGCUUUAGGUGCCACCACUGCAAAGGCACCCUCAAGCUGAGUAACUAUUCCUCCUUUGAGGGUGUGCUAUAUUGUAAGCCUCACUUUGACCAACUGUUUAAGAUGACAGGCAGCUUGGACAAAAGUUUUGAAGGUGCUCCAAAAACUGUUAGAGUUGACAGAUCUGCAGAUCAGGGCCGUACCAACAGCAAAGUUUCGAGCUUAUUUGCUGGAACUCAAGACAAAUGUGUUGCUUGCAAGAAAACUGUUUACCCAAUAGAAAAGGUGGCAGUUGAUGGCAUGUCAUACCAUAGGCCUUGUUUCAAGUGCGCUCGUGGAGGUUGUGUGAUCAGCCCAUCAAAUUACGUGGCUCAUGAACAUCAACUCUAUUGUAAGCACCACCACUCCCAACUCUUCAAGGAGAAGGGAAACUUCAGCCAACUUGGCAAGAAUGGACAAGCUAAAGAGGUGAUUGAGAACGGAGCAUCUGCUUGAUGAAGUGGAAGUAUAUAUAUAUCAUCAAUGGUUGCAUCUUGGUAUCAAAUCUUUGGCAGAUUUUCAAACAAAAAUAGUAAAAAUUCAACUGUUUCAAGUAUAAAAGUCAAGAUAAUGGGCUGUCUUUUGCGUAUGUUAUUUAGUGAAGAGUCGCUAAAUUUUGAAGCUUGAGCUUUGAAUGAAUAAUAGUUUGGGAAUUGAGGUUUGGUUUUUUUAAAUAUACCUUGUGUGAGCUCAAAGGUUGUGUUGUUGUGGUUUGAAUCUUUUGUAGACAUUUCUUUCUUUUAUUUUGUUUUUUUUUAUUUA